AUGAGCCCGUCGUCUCUCUCGCGCCAGUUCCCGAAUCAGCUUUUCGUCUACAAUGUCCGCGAAUUCUUCUCGCCUACUCGUGCUUCCGGUAUCAUCACGUCUGCUAUGGAGAGAUCGUUCCGAGCCAGUUCCUUGGGACGUCCCCUGCAUGACUACUCCACACAUCGCUUCUUGACCCGGCUUGUCGUGACAGAUAUGCAGAACAGCGCGACGGGAGAUGGCCUCAGUCACAAGGACAGGGAAAGCGCUCGAGCAGAUGCUGCCGAAGGUAUCCGCUCCAUCCUGCGAUCGAUAAAAAGCUCGAUCAAGAAGGCAGGCAGAGGAUCUGAAGACACAUCCGGGUCACAGGACGUCCAAGACGGGACAAAUCAGAUCGUCUACUUGACGGGUACACAGGUCUUGGUACACUCAACGAAGCAUCGCGAAUUCUCCGACACCCGACACGCUGAUCUUGGUUUCAAGUACGGAGACGAUUUACGGCCGCUUCUUGCCGCUCUAGCCCCUGCUAUCACCAAGUUCCGUGGUGCAGACUCCGAUCCGGUACAAUACUACCAAUCUGACCCCGGUGCACAUUUACGAACCACACGUGGAUCUGCGGCGCCACACAGGGUCCCACUCGACAGCCCGGGUACUCCAGUGAAUUAUAUUACGAAGGAUUUGGAGAUUCUUACCAGCAAGAUGCUGCCCGGCAUCAAGACAUGGUAUCUCAAUGAGCUUGAGGACGCUGCCAAACAAUUCCCACGGGGAAACGGUGGAUUGGAAUCGCUAGCGAUUUACAUCCCGUAUCCGCUUGGCGUUGACGAGACCGAAAUGCCAGCUUUCUGUGCCGAAGCGAAGGCCGCGAUGGAUGCGAUCCUACGCAAGAACAAGGCGAACACCAAGACGGAGAGUGGCGAAGAGGCUAAGAGCGCAUCACCGUAA